GCCGAAUGCCACCGCGAGUGGGCCGGGACGCGGAGGGAGGCGCGGCCGGAGCUCGGAUCGCCGAAGCCGGCCGGGACCGCGCUUCUUCCCCGCGGCAGGUGGCGCGGUCCCGGAGACUCUCAGAAGCCGCCUGAUGCAGAGCCGCUUCUUUGUCCCAUACCCCUGACCAUCCGUGCGUGGCACGGAGCCGGGUAUCUGCGGGUACAGCGAUGAACAGGGCAGACGUGGCCAGGCAACACUGCCGUCACACCUUUCCCCAACCCUGAAAAAUAGCUCCUGAGACCUGAACUGUAGACCAUCAUUUUAAUCGGAUCAAUUGCAACUGGAACAAGCUUCUCUUUGGCGUCACAAUGACCACUGAAGGCAGGGGAAAUGUAGGCCUCAUCCUCAGGAGUACUGCUUUCCAGAAACAAGAAGGGCGCCUGACUAUGAAGCAGGAGCCAGCGAGCCAGACCUGGGGUCAGGGCAGCAGUCUCCAAAAGAACCAUCCUCCUGUCUGUGAAAUCUUCCGGCUACACUUCAGGCAAUUAUGUUACCACGAGAUGUCUGGGCCACAGGAAGCAUUGAGCCGGCUCCGAGAGCUCUGCCACUGGUGGCUCAUGCCAGAGGUCCACACCAAGGAGCAGAUCCUGGAGCUGCUGGUGCUGGAGCAGUUCCUGAGCAUCCUCCCUGGGGAGCUCCGGACCUGGGUGCAGCUACAUCACCCUGAGAGUGGUGAGGAGGCUGUGGCUGUGGUGGAGGAUUUCCAGAGACACCUCAGUGGACCAGAGGAGGUUUCAGCCCCAGCACAGGAGCAGGAAAUGCAUUUGGAGGAGACAACAGCUCUGGCUGCAACAAAGGAAUCUCCUCCUGUAUCACCCCUCAGUGGGGGCUCAGCCCCUGGAGCCCACCUGCAUCCUCCUUAUGACUCAAGGACACACCACUUCGCCAAUGGGGACUUUGCUCAACCUGCUUCUCCAGUUCCUACCCUUCCUCAAGUGGGAAACUCAGGAGGCCAAGUAGGGGCAACUGUACUUCGGAUGGUCAGGCCCCAGGAGUUGGUGAUGUUUGAGGAGGUGUCAGUAUGCUUCACUUCAGAGGAAUGGGCAUGUCUUGGCCCAAUCCAGAGGGCCUUGUACUGGGAUGUGAUGCUGGAGAAUUAUGGAAAUGUGACCUCCCUAGAAUGGGAGACCAUGACCGAGAAUGAGGAGGUGACAUCAAAGCUAAGUAGUUCUCAAAGAGCAGACUCUCAGAAAGGAACAUCAAAAAGACUUCAAGGAAGUGUUCCCCAGGUUCUUGAUUUUGAAGAAGAGUGUGAAUGGCAAGUUUUGGCAAGUCAUUGGGAAAAGGAAACAAAGGAAAGGGCAGAUACAGUGAGGAAAGUUUCUCUUUGUGAACAAAACAAGAAGAAAAGGACUCCACCAGAGAAGCAAGGCCAGAAGUGGAAGGAAUUUGGAGAAAGCUUGACUUUCGGUUCAGCUAUUUCUGAAAGUUUAAUAGGUACUGAAGGAAAGAAGUUUUAUAAAUGUGAUAUAUGUUGUAAACAUUUUAAUAAAAUCUCCCAUCUUAUAAACCAUAGGAGAAUCCACACUGGUGAGAAACCUCAUAAAUGUAAGGAAUGUGGAAAAGGCUUUAUUCAGCGUUCGAGCCUUCUAAUGCAUUUACGGAACCAUUCAGGGGAGAAACCUUAUAAAUGUAAUGAAUGUGGGAAAGCAUUUUCUCAAAGUGCCUACCUUCUAAACCAUCAGAGGAUCCACACUGGGGAGAAACCUUAUAAGUGUAAGGAGUGUGGAAAGGGUUUCUAUAGGCACUCAGGCCUAAUUAUACAUCUAAGGCGCCAUUCAGGGGAGAGACCCUAUAAGUGUAAUGAAUGUGGGAAAGUUUUCUCUCAGAAUGCUUACCUCAUUGACCACCAGAGGCUCCACAAAGGGGAAGAACCUUAUAAGUGUAAUAAGUGUCAGAAAGCUUUCAUUCUGAAGAAGAGCCUCAUUCUGCACCAGAGAAUCCAUUCUGGGGAAAAGCCCUAUAAAUGUGAUGAAUGUGGAAAGACGUUUGCUCAGACCACUUACCUUAUUGACCAUCAGCGACUCCACAGUGCAGAGAACCCUUACAAGUGUAAAGAAUGUGGAAAAGUUUUCAUUAGAAGUAAAAGCCUCCUAUUACAUCAGAGAGUCCACACAGAAAAGAAAACCUUUGGUUGUAAAAAAUGUGGGAAGAUUUUCAGUUCUAAGUCAAACUUCAUUGACCAUAAGAGGAUGCAUAGCAGAGAGAAACCUUAUAAAUGCACUGAAUGUGGGAAAGCCUUCACUCAGAGUGCUUACCUUUUUGACCACCAGAGACUCCAUAAUGGAGAGAAGCCCUAUGAAUGUAAUGAAUGUGGGAAAGUUUUUAUUCUGAAGAAGAGCCUCAUUUUACAUCAAAGGUUCCACACUGGAGAGAAUCUCUAUGAAUGUAAAGAUUGUGGCAAGGUCUUUGGUUCGAACAGAAACCUCAUUGACCAUGAGAGACUCCACAAUGGGGAGAAGCCAUAUGAAUGCAGAGAGUGUGGGAAAACCUUUAUUAUGAGCAAAAGUUUUAUGGUCCAUCAGAAACUCCAUACACAAGAGAAAGCCUACAAAUGUGAGGAUUGUGGGAAGGCUUUCAGUUACAAUUCAAGCCUGCUUGUACAUCGGAGAAUCCACACCGGAGAAAAACCCUUUGAAUGUAGUGAGUGUGGAAGAGCUUUCAGUUCAAACAGAAACCUCAUUGAACACAAGAGAAUCCACAGUGGUGAGAAACCCUAUGAGUGUGAUGAGUGUGGUAAAUGCUUCAUUCUGAAGAAAAGCCUCAUUGGACAUCAGAGAAUUCACACGAGGGAAAAAUCUUAUAAAUGCAAUGACUGUGGGAAAAUCUUCAGUUACCGCUCAAACCUUAUAGCCCAUCAGAGGAUCCACACUGGCGAGAAGCCCUAUGCAUGUAAUGAAUGUGGAAAAGGUUUUACCUACAACAGAAACCUGAUUGAACAUCAAAGAAUUCACAGUGGAGAAAAAACCUACGAAUGUCAUAUAUGUAGGAAAGUCCUUACCUCUAGUAGAAAUCUUAUGGUACAUCAAAGAAUCCACACUGGAGAGAAACCUUAUAAAUGUAAUGAGUGUGGGAAAGACUUUAGUCAGAAUAAAAACCUUGUUGUACAUCAGAGAAUGCACACUGGGGAAAAACCUUAUGAGUGUGAGAAGUGUAGGAAAUCCUUUACUUCUAAGAGGAAUUUAGUUGGCCACCAGAGAAUUCACACAGGGGAGAAACCCUAUGGGUGUAAUGAUUGUAGUAAAGUUUUUAGGCAAAGAAAAAACCUUACUGUACAUCAGAAAAUCCAUACAGAUGAAAAACUUUGUGAAUGUGAUGCAUCUGAAAAAGAAUUCUCUCAGACUUCCAACUUUCAUCUUCAACAGAAUAUCCAUACCAUUGAGGAAUUCUCUUGGCUACAAAACACCAAUGAGUCCAAGAUUGAGAUUCAGAAAAUCUAGUGUCAUAUGUAAAAUGGAAUAGAAUCCCUGCCUACUUAAGUAACUGUUGGACAAAAGAUAUAUGGUUCUUCUAAGGAAAAAGUUUAUGACUUACUGUUUAAUAGGCAAAGAGUUGCAUAUAGAAGAAAGUUAGUAAUCCCAGCACUUUGGGAAGCCGAGGCAGGUAGAUCACCUGAGGUCGGAAUUUCAAGACCAGCCUGACCAACAUGGUGAAACCUCAUCUCUACUAAAAAUACAAAAAUUAGCCUGGCACGGUGGCAUGCUGUAAUCCCAGCUACCCAGGAGGCUGAGACAGGAGAAUCGCUGGAACCCAAGAAGUGGAGGUUGUGGUGAGCUGAGAUCGCGCCAUUGCACUCCAGCCUGGGCAACAAGAGCGAAACUCCAUCUGAAUAAAAAAAAUCUGAACUUUAAAGUCUACAAAAACAUAAUCCAAAUCUAAUAACAUAGUUGUAAAUGACAACAACAAUAUCUUUGUAUUAAAAAGUAGACAUGGGUUGGGUGCAGUGGCUCAUGCCUAUGGUCCCAGCGCUUUGGGAGCCCGAGGUGGGAGGAUCACUUGAGCCCAGGAGUUCAAGACAAGUCUGGGCAACAUAGGGAGACCCCAUCUCUAUUAAAAUAAAAUAAAUUUAUUAAUAUAACAAUAAGCAGACAUUGUUUUUGAAAAUAUGUACAGUAUGCAUUUUAAAGAUAGCAUCACUACUAUAGAAAACCUGAACAGACAGUAUGAUCCAGGAUGUCAGGUGUGGAGUUGGGUGGACAAGAGUCUGCUGUUGAGGACAACCUAAAAAGAGCACUGGAUUUGGAAUCAGAACUGAGCUUUUAUUCCUGGCUGUCCCAUAAUGGUCAUGUGAUGUUAUUAAGUCAGCCUCUAAAGCUCAGUUUCUCUGUCACUCAAAUGUUGACAGAAUACCUACCUCACAGGGUUGUUGUGAGGGUUAAGGGAAAGGAUCUUUGUGAAAGUACUUUUUGAAAUCAUUCAGUUGUCGAUAAAAGUUGAAUAAAAGAGGUAUAGUCAAAGCUUAGAACAUGGUAUCAUGUAAGUUUGUAUAUUAAGUCAAUGUUAGAAUAAGGGGGAUUCCAUGAACCUAGAAGAUACUCAUUUUUAUAAGAGGAAGUAUGGUGACUAGCCAAUUGGAAUUUAGUGCUGUAAGAAUAAUUUUUCUUAAUUUACCUUUAAAAAUAAGGGAGUUAAUAGAUUAUAUAUCUAGUUUGCGUGUAUGAAAAAAAAUGUUAUGGCCAGCCAUUAACAGUGAUGCCAAGGAAAACAAUUUAUUUUCCAGCUUUUGAAUUUGAAAUUUAACAGAUGUAGAGUGGCAAAAUGGAAGGACAGUGCUACCCUGCUUUCCCUGGCAUAGGGAAAAAAGUCUUUGACUCAGCAGCUGAGUUGAUGAUCCCUGCCACAGUCAUUGUCAAUUCUAAUCAGGAUUUCAUCAUUGCUGUCAAAUGAUAGCCUGUUACUCAUGAAACAAGCUUCUGUGCCAGCACUAAAUUUACUGGAACAUAAACUUUUCACAUAGAGCCAAGCUCUUCACUGAUUAAGCCAAUGCAGGUAGUCAGUGCCCAUUACCCCUGUGAACCAUUCUGUGCCCUUGAGUACAUUUGUAGGUUUAAUUCAGUCUAUAUUCUUGAGUUGGUAUGUUCUAAUUCUCAAAGUUCCGUUUCUGCAGCUGGACUAUAAAUAAUACCUGAAUACCAAGAUUGUGUUUUUUAAUAAUGUCAAAGUGGUGUUUUUAUUAUAAUAAAUGUUAUUAAUUUAACCCC